ACGGCAGCUACAUUAUUCCGAGAAACACAGACGGCGUUCUCGGCUCGCUCGCGGAUCCGACGGUAGUGUGUUGCAGUCGAGAGAGCGCGCGCGCGUCACAGUCAAAGCUCCUCUCUUUGCCGCGGGAUGGUGAUGAUGAUAUCGGGUGGAGCAGCAGUGGCAGCAGUGGCAGCAGCAGCGGGAGCAGCUACGAGGCGAGGGCCGUCGAGCCAACGUCCCCCCAGUGUUUCGUGAAAAGUCGAGGGCUGGCCCCGGUAGCCGCAGUCGCCGCCACCGCCGCCGCCACCGACAGUAGGUAGGAACGCCGUCGCGUCCCUGGUCCGUUGCUCCCGGUGGCGGUGCUGCUGUUCCGUCCACCCCGAGUGCCCCGUUAUUUCCCCGCUGUGCACGCGCGCGGUCACACGGCCCGAGCUAAAGGGGCUACGGAGGAGGCACGCGCGCGCACUCCGUGGAGGGGCCGGAGGGGGAGGACGAGGAGGAGGGGGAGGCGGAGGAGGAGGAGGUGGAGGAGCGCUGCGUCUCCGUAUACACUGCUGCUGCACACCGCACCGACACGAAGAAGAGCGGAGUACUCCGACAAAUGUUUAAAUGGACGCAUCGUCCAUUAUCACCCAAGUGUCGCGCGAAGACGAGCUAGGACAGUUUAACGAAAAAGCACAAUUACCACGAGACAAUGACACUAGUAUCAACUGUGCGACUCAAAGCGAAAAGAAGCCACGAGGUCGGGGCUUCCUGCAUUCUCUUCUCUGUUGCUUGAGUCGGGGCCGUGGCAGCAGCUCCAAGAGCUCAAAGGCCAGUUCACUCCAGGGUGAUGGUCGAGGUUCACCCCCACCAGGCACUGGAUCACCUCGUUUUUUGUUACCACCCCUGCGCCAUCAGGACAUUUACAAAAAGUGUAUGGUGAUCGAUCUUGAUGAGACGUUGGUGCAUAGUUCGUUUAAGCCUAUCAAUAAUGCUGACUUUGUGGUGCCAGUGGAGAUUGAUGGGACCGUGCAUCAAGUUUACGUUCUCAAGAGGCCUUUCGUGGAUGAGUUUUUGCAGAGGAUGGGUGAACUCUACGAGUGCGUUCUAUUUACUGCAAGCUUACCGAAGUAUGCUGAUCCAGUAGCAGACCUACUUGAUAGAUGGGGUGUCUUUAGAGCAAGAUUAUUUCGUGAAUCAUGUGUUUUUCACAGGGGUAAUUAUGUUAAAGAUUUAAACAAAUUAGGCCGGGAUUUGCAACAAAUUAUUAUCGUCGAUAAUAGUCCUGCCAGUUACAUUUUUCAUCCAGACAAUGCAGUGCCAGUAGCUUCGUGGUUCGACGAUAUGACAGACUCCGAACUGCUUGAUCUUAUACCAUUUUUCGAGAAGCUGAGCAACGUUGACAACAUCUACACAAUGUUGUGCAACAGUAAUCAUCCUUACAAUGAAGUGCCCACGUCGGGGAAGAACAACCAUAGUCCAGGAUCAGGCUCUCUGGGCAAUUCCUAGCCCCACCGGAAUUCUGGCCAGCAUUCGGUCAGUCUUAUAAAUCCUCAGUGCACAUUUAAAAAGGCCCUCGAGGACCUUUACGAAAUAGUCCACAAUUACUCGUUGUGCAACACGACGAUGUAUCAUAUCCUAAGAUUUUAAAUCUUAGUGACAUUUCAACGAAACACAUAUUAACAAAAUAAUACGAAAUGAACAGCCGAAUGAAAUUCUUGGGCACAAGGAAGAAUUCUGUAGUGCCCUGAAUUUACCGAUGAGCCCAAUUCGAAUUUCGCAUUUUGCUCAUGUAAUAGUUGUUAUUUCGCGCACGAGGAAAGUAAUUUUGAUUGCUUCGUUUUUUAAAAAUAUAU